UCCAAUUACUUAGUUAAACCUGAAUAUGCACUUGUUUACUCAUGACUUUAUACAUAAACCCUAUAACUUGCUUAUCAUAGUGCACUUCUGCAUUUUCACUUAGAAUUAUAUUUUAGUUUCGUGUCUUGGUCCCCUUCCUUGAAUAUCUUACUUACUUUGAAGCGAUAAACAAUUUACAAUCGUUUUCCUGAAAUUUUCAUGAAACUAAUUUUUAGCAAAACACAAUUCCAUUAAUAUCUUAUAUGUGUUCGAACUUUAAUGUAAGAUUUAAAACUAUAUUAAAAAAGAUUUUGUUAGAUUGUCAAUAAUGAAUCGGUGGAGUGGCAAAGUGGCCGUUGUCACGGGAGCAUCUUCUGGUAUUGGAUUAGAAACUGCCAAAUUUUUGGUACAGAGUGGUGUAACUGUGAUUGGAUUAGCAAGAAGAAGAAUUUUAAUGGAGGAAGGAACGAAAAAUUUUGAAGGAAAAGGCAACUUUUAUAUUAAGGAGUGUGAUGUCUCAAGAGAAGCAAGCGUGGAUAAUGUAUUUGAUUGGAUAAAAAAUACAUUUGGUACAGUAAAUAUCCUUAUUAACAAUGCUGGAUCAAUAAAACAUGUCAAAAUCGAAAAUGCUACGUCUGCUGAAUUAGAUAAGAUAAUUGAUGUUAACUUUAAAGGCUUAAUUUACUGUACCAAAAGAGCCAUAGAAUUAAUGAAAGAGAACAAAAAAGAAGCUCACAUCAUAAAUGUUAACAGUAUUUUAGGUCACAUUGUUCCUGAGCCAGGCCUUGUAUCAUUUAACAUUUACCCUGCUACUAAGUUUGCAGUUUCAGCUUUAUCAGAGACGUUAAGAAAUAGUUUGUGUGGUUUGAACAUUCGUGUCACAAGUGUCAGUCCAGGUCUUACCAAAACAAGAAUGAUGAGUGUAGCUGGCGCUGUUGAUUAUAACUAUUUACAUAACCCAGCACUAGAACCAAAAGAUGUUGCAGAUGCUAUAAUACAUGUACUUAGAGUACCAGAACGACUAGAAAUAAAUGAAUUGACUCUUCAAGCUAACUUCUGAUGACAUUAUUAUUAAAGAAUAGUAAAUGUGUGGAUGAAAUAAAACAUACGCAUGCCUCACAAAACAUACGGGUUAAAUAAAUACUUAAAUGUCAUAUAUUGUACUGGAAUGAUAUUUUCUUGGUUUUUUAAAGCAAACAAAAGUGUUACCUUAAAAUUUUAUAAUUAUGCGGAUCAGAUGUGCUUCACGCACUUAUUAAAAAUUUAUUAUGAUGUAAAAUAUUUUGAUAAGUAGUUUUAAAUUGACAAGUAUUGACUGAUUGAUAUUAAAAUGUCAUCCACUCUA